AUGGCGCGGCCUGGCCCCUUCCCCGCCCCGCAGCCUGGCCCGGUGCACACACCUUACCUCGGCCCGGGCACCUGGCUCAUGCCACGCUGUCCGCCGGGCGUCUUCUCGUCAUGGGGAGCCCAGCAUGGGCGCUGGCGAAGCGGGGAGGCGGCCGAGGUGCUGGCCUGGCCGGCAGGGCCUUGCCGCGCCCCGCGCCCCGGCCUGGCCGGCCCCCUCGGCCGCGCCCGAGAGGAGCUCCCCGAGCCGAAAAACAACCACCAGACCAUUUCAGAGGGUGACAAGUGCGAUGGAAGUUCAAGAGGGCCACAUGAUGGUGACCCCGGGAGGGUGGUGGUCGUGUGGCUCCUGAGGACAGGACACUUCACGGGAAACCCCAAGGAUGAGAGGCCGAGGCUCGGCCUCCCGCCCGCACGAGCGCCGCUGCGAUUGGUGGAAAGUUCCUGGGCCGCGCCGCGAUUGGCCGUGCCCGGCCCGUCGCCUCCCGCUCUUGGCCCCCACGGGGCUGCGGGGCAGAGGUGGGGCGCGGGCGGAACGGUGCGCGGAGCCGGCCGGAGCCCGGGGUGCUCCCGCCGCCGCCCCGCCCGUCCGCGCCAAGGCGCUCCUUGCGCUGCUGGGCGCGCGCUCUGCUCGGACCUCCUGGCCACCGCCACCUGCGCCGGCUACUCGGACGACCGCUGCGGCUGGAGCGGCAGGUACGAAGCCCCAGAAGGCCGCGCUCUGGGGCUGUGGGGCCCCUCCGCGCCCCCGGGGUCCAGAGGACCAAGUGGACGCAGCUGCUUCUGGCUUCGGGGGAGGGUGCAGGACGAGGGGGCUGCGCCGGGGGCGGACGCAAGCCGCCUGCCUCGGCGCCUGCCGUCCUGUCCUGUCCGCAGCGGCCUGACCCAGGAGCCGGGCAGCGUGGGGCAGCUGUCCCUGGCCUGUUCGGAGGGCGUGAUCCAGUGGCUGUACCCGGCCGGGGCGCUGCGCCUGACCCUGGCCAGCUCCGACUCCCGAGCACCGCCUUCCUUGUGCCUGGCGCGGCCCUUCGCAGGCGCGCAAGUCUUCGCGGAGCGGGCGGGCGGCGCCCUGGGGCUGCUGCUGGCUGAGGGUUUGGGCCCAGCGCGGGGCCGAUGCGUGCGCUGGGGUCCUCGUGAGCGCCGGUCCCUCUUCCUGCAGGCCACCCCGCACCCAGACAUCAGCUGCUGCGUGGCCUCUUUCCGCUUUGAAAUGCACGAGGACAGGUAUCCAGAACUGCCUCCACAGGCCCACGGUCUUGGUGCUGAUGGUGCCUGCAGGCCCUGCAGUGACCCUGAGCUCCUGCUGGCCGCGUGCACCAGUGACUUUGUGAUCACUGGAACCAUCCACAGGGUUGGCCACGACACAGAGCUGCAGGAGUCUGUUACCGUGGUGGCGGCUGCCCGUGUCCUCUGACAGACACUGCCACUGUUCCGGGUGGGGGAGUCCGGGGGCCACGUGCAGGCCUCCAUUCACACCCCGCUGCACUUCAGUGUCCGCACCGGCCCCGGCCCCUUCCUCUUCAUGGGCUGGAGCCACUUCGGUGAGGCCUGGCUGGGCUGUGCACCUCGCUUCCAGGAAUUCAGCCGUGCCUCUGCGGCUGCCCACGCCAACCACCUCCACCCCUGUGAGGUGGCCCUGGACUGAGGAGCCUGGGAGCAGGG